AUGUCGUCCAAGAAGAAGACUCCUCGUUCUCUGGGGAAAAUCAAAGGGAAAGGUAAGGUUUUGGUUCCAAAAUGGAAACUGUUUAGAGCUAAGGAGCCUUUACUUUCCGUUUUUAUGUGGGGAGUGAAUCAUUCUAUUGACCAGCUUAUGCAUGUAGCUCCUCCAGGAUUGUUGAUGCCCGACGAUUUUAAGGCUUAUGCGAAAGUAAAGGUUGAUAAUCAUUAUUUUAACAAGGAUAUUAUGCCAAGCCACUACAAGGUUAAAGAAUAUUGUCCCAACGUUUUCCGAAAUCUUAGAGAACAGUUUUCUGUAGACCAACAAGAGUAUUUGAAGUCCUUAACUUUUAAUGAACCUGAACCUGACCCACUCGAUGGUAAAACCGGUGGAACACCCCGAUUUUUUGUUUCUUUCGAUAAAAAGUUUGUGAUUAAGUCGAUGGAUUCUGAUGCUGUGGCUGAACUUCAUUCGGUAUUGAAGGAUUAUCAUGAGUACGUUGUUGAGACUCAAGGUAAAACUCUUCUUCCGCAGUAUUUGGGGUUGUAUAGGUUAACUAUUGACGGUACCGAAACCUAUCUUAUCGUCAUGAGAAAUGUGUUUGGGAGAAAGUAUAACAUCCAUUCUAAAUUCGAUCUAAAGGGUUCAACCGUAUCUCGUGCUGCAUCCGAUAAGGAAAAAACUAAGGAUCUUCCCACCUUGAAAGAUAAUGACUUCCUGGAACAAAAUUUGAAACUUCAUCUACCUCCGGAAGCUCGUAAACAGCUGUUGGAUAUGCUAGCCGGGGAUACUGCUUUCCUAUCAAAGUUACAUCUUAUGGACUACUCACUUCUCUUAGGUAUACAUGACUGUGAGAAGGCUCUUGUUGAAGCUGCAAAUCGUCCAGCUGAACACGUGAGUGAGGAGUCUGCUGAUGAAUUAGCUCCCACCCCUCCUGAUUCUCCCCUCCCAUCAAUUGGGGCGUUCCCUCCCUUAAGUGGAGGUCCAGAUUUGGAUGACGAGUUUUAUGCUAUAGCUACCCACCCAGAUAGCGAAAAGAGCUUAAUAUAUUUCAUUGGACUGGUUGAUAUAUUGACUUAUUAUGGAGUUAAAAAACGAACAGCUACAGCUGCUAAAACAGUAAAGUAUGGCUCAGAAGCCGAGAACAUCAGUACAGUAAAACCUGAUCAGUAUGCCCGUCGGUUAAUGGAGUUUGUAACAAAAGCCGUCACACUUUGA